AUGCCAAUCACUGAGGAAGUACUCGAGGCCACAACGCUCGGUCGCGCGAUCAACGACGCGUCCGAUCAGAGGCUGCGCGUGGUUCUCAAAUCCAUCUGCGCGAAAAACGACCAGGCUCGCAAAGAAGCCGAGAGUCACUUUCUGGUAAUGGCAACCGAUACCGAAGAGAGCUCUGAUAGCAAUAAGAGAGCAGUACCGCGCUACGCGGUUUGCAUCCAUUGCGAGAAGGAAUUCGAUGUUACGACUAAUACGGAGAAAGCCUGUCGAUAUCAUCCAGAGGAAAAUGAGCCCACUGGCGAAGAUCUUUUUGCUGACAAUUGGGAUGAGUUUGAGGUGGACACCGAUGGGAUGCGCAAGGAUUUCCCACACUGCUUUACGUUUACAUGCUGCGAUCAAAACCUUGAAGAUAACCCCAUUGGGUGUGUGACCGACUUCCAUCAAGAACAGUACCCUGAGAAGCCAUUGAAAAGGUCGAGAGCCGUUCGAGCCGGAGUAUCAUGA